AUGUCGUUGUUUCACUGGACGGAUGGAAACAUUCACACCACGGCAUUGACGCCGCGUGAUUACCAGACAGAGUUACUAACAAUGGCGCGGGAGGAGAACCUUAUCGUGUGUCUGGCACAUAAUUCUGCCAAAGAAUUUCUCGCCGUGAAACUAAUCCAAUCGAUGCGGUCCGACCGGGAUGGCCAACCUGGAGCGCCCUGGAGAACCGUCUACCUAACCAGGCGCUCGGAUCGAACGAUGCUUUCUUCAAUGGUUUCAAAUUUAACUGACUUGAGUGUAGCUAUUGUUGACAAGGAACCUGACCCGGAUGAAUCAGCUUCGGACUACGAAGAACCGUUGGAAACGAACGAAGAUAUAGCCACCGCGGAUGUAUUAUUCUUCUCCAACGAUAGGGCACUGCUAGAUUACUUCGACCAAGGUACUGUUCUUCGGGAGGAAGAUGUAUGUCUACUGAUAGUAGAUGAAUGCCACAAAAUCUACGGCCAUCGGGAGUUAUUUGAAAUCUGCUCCAGAAUUGGACAUCAGUCACAGCUAAAACGGGGUCGAAAGGCAAAAAUACUUGGUCUUGCAGGCCCCCUACAUGGCGCCGGCUGUGAACCGGAACGACUUUGCUGGGAAUUGCACUACCUCGAGCGGUGUCUUGGGGCACGUAUCGAAACCGCAAGCGACAUAACCAGCGUUUUGAGAUUCAGCACCAAACCCACCGAAAUCAUCCUGGAGUGCGUGCCAGCAAAAUCAACGCCACUUACACUGCGUCUCCGCUUGCUAAUGCAGCACCAUAUGGCAUUUCUGCAGCAGCAUCGUUAUGAUCCGCUAGCUUUGUACGAGCUCGAUGGAAGCGAUAGCGCCAGCGAUAAUGUUGUCUCAGACGGCGAGCCAACUAAACUGGAUGUUGAACAAGACGAUCUGCGCCGAGAAUUGCGCUCCAUUCCGGAUCCGAAGUUAGCUCCGUUAAAAUAUCUUCAGCAGUAUCUGGACCUUCUGGACGAAUUCGGUCCCUGGGGUGCCGAUCGUGGGGCAUUGGAACUAUUGACGACGAUUGAGAAGGAAAAAAUUCAAACUCCUUACGAACGACACUUUCUUCUUCUCUGCAUGGUCUCCACCGCGUUGGUGCAAGCACGAUCAAUUGUUGCAUCGGUGUUUUCACAGUACGCCACAGAAGUGGAGCGAAUCAAACGCUAUUCCACACCUAAGGUUUGUCGGUUACUCGAGGUGCUAGCCUGGUUCGGCGAACUGCGUAACCGCCCAAAAGAUAGCUGCCAACCGACUUUGCUAAGCAACCAGCAGAGAAUGCCGUAUUGUUUCUGUCGUAAUGCGGAAUGCAAUAAUCUCGGGAAGCAAUUUCAUUCAUUUGGAACUCAGGUUUCCGAUGUUGGCGAAUGUAUCGAUCGAUUGAAACAUCAGCUGCACUUGGUACGGCUAAUGACCGAUCGGAUCGUGCAAAAAUACGUCACGGCACCAAACACAACUGCAGGUGAGAGCAUAAACUGUGCACAAUCCCCACGUCAUGCGUACGAGGGACGACCGAACAACUUCAGGAGAAAACGUUUCGGAGGUGGCGCUGGACAACCAUGGUUUCAUUCGCAACACAAAACGAACGAAAUGACCGGAUCAGAUGCUUUAUGUGGGCUGAUCUUCUGUAACAAUCGAUCUAUGGCUCGCAUUCUCUACGUGUUGCUGUGCGAAAUGGCGCGAUCGCAACGAGAGUUUGAAUUUAUCAGUCCCCAGUACACAGUGGAUAAGGUGGCCAAUCCCUUGACCGAUUCGCAACAUGCCGCCGUGGAGCACCGCAAACAAGAGGAAGUACUAAAGCGCUUCCGCAUGCACGAAUGCAAUCUGUUGAUCGGAACGUCCGUCCUUGAGGAAGGCAUCGAACUGCCCAAGUGCAAUCUUGUUGUCCGCUGGAACAAUCCCUCAAAUUAUCGAUCGUACGCACAAUGCAAGGGUCGAGCGAAAGCACCCGUAGCGUAUCAUAUAUUGUUCAUCACACCAGCCCCAUCCAUAGAUGCAGAGAAAGGUGACGAAACGGUGGAACCAAUGAUCGAUGAUGUAUUGUUGGAUGAAUUGAACUCAGACGAAACCUUGUCCGAAGAUAUCGUCGAUCAACUCGAUAGAGAAGUGAUCGAACGCACUACGGAUGCAAUGGUCGAGCGUGUUGCUAUCUAUAGACAAGUUGAAAAGCUUCUACUGGUUAAAUGUCGCAAUGGCGAACCUCCUGAUUGGGAGCUAAAACAUGCCGACUGUUUCAACCACUGCCUCGAGGUAUACCGUCCCGGUAGUGGUACCAUUUCAUCGAUUGGACCCUGCGCGUCACUUUGGCUGGGAAAUGCAGUUCAAACGCUCAACAAGUAUUGCGCUAAGCUUCCCAGUGACACUUUCACCAAACUCACGCCAAUUUGGCGUUGUGCGACAACCAAUCGGAAGGGUCGGACUAUGUACCAGUAUACUAUCCGUUUACCAAUCAAUUCCCCAUGGAAAGAGGAUAUUUUGGGUUUGCCAAUGCCUACGGAAACGUUAGCGCGCAGAAUGGCUGCAUACGUCACUUGUAGAGUGUUGCAUGCAGCUGGGGAGCUAGACAAUUCGUUUCAACCCUUUGGCAAAGAAGCGUUUCGCGCAUUCGAAGCGGAUUGGGAAAACUUUGAGCUCGAAGAAAUGGAUGCAAAAAUUUUGACCGAAAACAUUGAUCCUAGACCAGGCACUACGAAACGUCGACAAUAUUAUUAUAAGCGGAUAGCGUCAGUGUUUAAUGAUUGUCGUCCGGGUACAGACACAACCGCAUAUCUUUACCAGAUACACAUGGAGCUGAUUUGUCCUAUCCCAGAGGAGCAAAAUACACGUGGUCGCAAGAUUUACGCACCCGAGGAAUCUCCACAAGGCUUUGGGAUACUAACAACAAAACUGAUCCCGAAGAUUAGCUCCUUUCCUAUAUUUACUCGUUCCGGAGAGGUGAAGGUUUCACUCGACUUGUGUCCGCACCGUGUGCGGUUGUCGGAGCGGCAGCUGGAAAUGGUGAAUUGCUUCGUUAAGUACACGUUCACCAAAGUUUUGCGUCUGCAAAAGAGCCUAAUGCUGUACGAUGCGAAUGCUACGGAAAAUUGUUUUUUUAUCGUUCCAACCAUCAAACAAUCACUGCCGACCAAUAAAGAAGACCAUUCCGACAACGUAAUGGUAGACUGGGAGUUUGUGGAAAAGAUCGCCACAAAUGUUCAUUGCAGUGGUCCGACUUUGAUUGCGGACGAAGCGCGGAAGGGAUACUCGUUCGAUGUAAGCAAAUUUCGCGAUGCGGUUGUGAUGCCAUGGUAUCGCAAUCGUGAUCAACCGCAGUACUUUUAUGUAGCAGAAAUAUGCUAUCAUCUGUCGCCAAAGAGCGCCUUUCCUGGGUCAAACUAUGCAACGUUUGAGGAGUACUACCACCGGAAGUACAACAUUCACAUUCAAAACGUUCGCCAGCCACUGUUGGACGUCGAUCACACUAGCGCACGGCUUAACUUCCUGACGCCACGCUACGUCAACCGAAAGGGUGUAGCUUUGCCAACCAGUUCAGAGGAAACGAAACGAGCCAAGCGAGAAAACCUGGAACAGAAACAAAUACUUGUUCCCGAGCUAUGCACGAUCCAUCCAUUCCCGGCGUCGCUGUGGCGAGCGGCUGUAUGUCUGCCGUGCGUUCUCUAUAGGAUCAACGCGUUGCUGCUAGCCGACGAAAUACGGCGACAGGUGGCGAGAGAUCUACGCCUGGGAUGGGAAAACGUUGAUGAACUGCAGGAUGGAAAAUUUCAGUGGCCAAUGUUAAGCUUUGGAUGGAACCUGGCGGAUGUGUUGCGUAAGACGAAGGAACAGAAAGUUUCUGCCCAAGCUGAUGCAGCGGGGAUAGAAGCCGCUAGUGACUCGAAAAAUUGCAACGAAGAUGAGGUGAAAAGGCACGCAGGAGCAGACACAACCGCUGAUACGGAAAAGCAAGAUACAGAGGGUGUUUUAGAAAACAGAGACGGCGAAAUAAAAGAAAACGGGUUGAGCAAACACCCUCCGGAAAAUGGCGAAAAUAAUGAGUCGACCUGUGAGACCGACGGCGAAGGUACAUUGUUGGAGAUCGGGAUGUGGUCGAAUGAAAUGGCGGCCGGGGUGGGAACCGCACAGGACGAUAGCUACAUGGACGAUGAAGUCGGAAGAGGUGCUACAUCGCCUUCGUUCCUGAGAUACGAUUCCGAUUGCAGUACCAGUAACAGCAGUGAGAAUUACUACUCAUCAGAUGAAUACGAAGACGACGAAGAUUGUUAUUUGUAUGAAAGCUCAAGCAAAGGAGAAAUCAACGGCGAUAGUCAGCCUGUCGACGAAGCGAUGUCACCUGGUGAUGCAGUGAACGAUACAAACAACAAAUUGUGUAAAAAAACCACCUCCAGUCAGCAGAUGGUAACGUCAAGUCGGCUAAAAAUCGAAUUUAAAUCGGAAACCGUGGCCGAAGCGAUCGACUCCGAGUGUGACCUAGAGCGUCAACGCACGCAGCAAAACAUAAUCCAACGUUCCCAACAGAACGAUCGACUCUACCAAAGCUCAAAGAACGCAGUGGAUGGAUUCUGUUACUCUCCCAGCGAUCAAUCUUGUGCCGACGAAAGGCGGCUAGCGGAGCAGUUGUUCCAAGAAUUAAAAACUGACACGAAACAUUCCAUUCGGCAAAACGGUGCUCUGGUACGUUGGGAAGAAACGCUUUCGGCUAAACACUGGCGAUCCAAAAUGGACGAAAAACAAAUAGAAGCACUGAACGCAUUGUUGGACGACCUAGGUGGUCGAGCUUUCAUGGAGUUUGUACCAUUUGUGGAUGAGGAGCAACUAUUUCAGUUACUUGUCCAGAAUGGUAGCAUGAACGAACGAUGCCUUCGAUUGCAGGAUAUGUACCGUCUGAAUGAGCCAUUUUUUCCCGAAACCUAUACAGUCAUUCGUGGAGGAUCCAUUUUCGACAACUUCCUGGAUGAACAUCGAUUGCGUAAUGUAUCGUCCCAGACGAAGGUACUUGAGCUAACCAUUUACGAUCCUUUCCCAGCUAUUGCUGCUGGUAAAACGGCUUGCAACUUUAAGCCGAAACAUUCCAUGCCAAAGAGGAUGCCCAAUGGUAGUGUCAUCGAGCAACCAGUUGACUGGUUCUCCUUAGUACCCGUAAACGAUGAAAGUAUUUGCUUCAGCUUUGACUAUCAACCCAAUCUAGAUCAGCAUCCUGGACCUAGUCCCGCCAUUAUACUGCAAGCAUUAACCAUGUCGAACGCCAACGAUGGUAUUAAUCUAGAGCGGCUCGAAACUAUAGGCGAUUCGUUUCUAAAGUACGCCAUUACGACAUAUCUGUACUGCCGGUACGAUAAUGUGCAUGAGGGCAAACUAAGCCAUUUGCGUUCGAAACAAGUAUCCAAUUUGAAUUUGUACCGAUUGGGAAGGCGUAAGCGGCUUGGUGAUUGCAUGAUUGCCGCCAAAUUUGAACCGCAUGAUAAUUGGUUGCCACCGUGUUACUAUGUACCGAAAGAGCUCGAGCAAACGCUAAUAGAUGCCAAGAUUCCCGCGUGUCAUUGGAAUCUUGCAGAUUUGCCGGACAUCAAACGGCUAUCAUGUGCCGAGAUAUGUCAACUAGUCAAAGAACGAGCACGUGCGAAACGAAAAGAGGAACGUGACAUGGAUUGUCUAACAGUACCGAAUGGUGAAGUGAUCGAAACUAAUGGCGAAGACAAGCACGAAGAAGACGAAGAUGAUGAUGACGACACGUCGUUAGGGGAUGGAAAUGACGACGAAUCGGACUACUUUUCUUGCUUCAUUCCGUACAACUUAGUCACCCAGCACAGUAUUCCGGACAAAUCCGUUGCUGACUGCGUGGAAGCGCUGAUCGGCGCGUACCUCAUUGAGUGUGGUCCUCGAGGAGCACUCCUGUUCAUGGCAUGGCUCGGAAUUCGGGUGCUACCCAUCCGAAAUUCGUCGGAUGCUACCGUGACUACGCCCGUGCGUCACGAGCUGUCGGAGCAAAAAACUGUUUCUUUGGCCACCAUCACUGAGUACGGACAAUGGGUAGCACCACCGUCCCCAAUGGUACGGGCAAAUAUAACGUUUGGAGGCAUUGAGACAGGUGCUGAGGCGACGACACGGGAGCUAGCCAGACUACUGGAAGGUUUUGAUGUGUUCGAAAAAGCUCUCGGUUACACGUUCCAGGAUCGCUCGUACCUUUUGCAGGCCAUGACACACGCAUCCUACAGUCCGAACCGGCUGACGGAUUGUUAUCAAAGGCUCGAGUUUCUCGGUGAUGCCAUUCUUGAUUAUCUCAUCACACGGCACUUGUACGAGGAUCGACGGCAGCACUCGCCUGGAGCGCUAACAGAUUUGCGUUCUGCACUGGUCAAUAAUACAAUUUUUGCGUCACUCGCAGUUCGCCACGGGUUUCAUAAGUACUUUUUGCACCUCUCCCCCGGUUUGCAAGAGGUGAUUGAUCGCUUUGUUCGCAUUCAGCAAGAGAAUGGCCAUCGGAUCACGGAAGAGGAAUUCUACCUACCGGACGAAGAUGAUGAUUUGGUGGAUUUCGGAGGCGAAGAUAAAAUUGGAAACGGGCGAGGCGUCGGUGAGGCUGAAGAUGUCGAGGUACCAAAGGCGUUGGGAGAUGUGUUUGAAUCAAUCGCUGGAGCCAUUUUCCUUGACUCUGACAUGUCUCUAGAUACGGUGUGGAAGGUGUACCGCAAAAUGAUGGGACCAGAAAUUGAAAAGUUCAGCAGCUCAGUACCAAAAUCACCGAUUCGCGAGUUGUUGGAAAUGGAACCAGAAACGGCCAAAUUUGGUAAACCGGAAAAAUUAGCCGACGGACGGCGCGUAAGGGUUACGGUGGAAGUUUUCGGUAAAGGUACAUUCCGAGGCAUCGGCAGAAAUUACCGCAUUGCAAAGUGUACAGCAGCGAAGUGUGCUCUUCGUCAACUAAAAAAACUCGGUUACGGCUGCCAUCAUAAACGACGUUGAGUGAGAUGCUAAUGAUAGCUUCAAAUUUUAAAGUGUCAACCUCAAAUGGUCUGUGUCUAGGCACAAAUGAAAAAAAUGUG